GUUGCUGUUACGUUUUACCAAACAGAGGGAAAGAACCGUACGAAUUGCGGCGUAGUGGAUACGCGCGUGUUGUCCGUGGAUUAAUUGUGCGCCGGAGAAGAUCGUCGAUCAUUUAGUUGGCCAAUAUAAUUGCAACCGGCAGAAGCUCUGGGAGGCACCUGACUGACCCCCAGGAUGAUGACUGGAGCACAAGGAGAACACUCACGACACUCACGCGCCCCUCUCAAGCUACUAAUCCCGCAUCCAUGACAACAGGUUGUCAGUGGCUCUGCUCCGGCCUAAGACGAAUUUGAUGAGCCCCAGUUCUGGUGGGGGCAUAAUGAAAACAUUGUUUGCGCUUAACCUUCAAUCGGAAAGACAUAAGCAGAAUCAGCAGCCCACACCAAUUCGAAUUUAAAGCAAUACAAAAGGAAAACAAAAUCAAAAACAAACUCUUGUCCAUGGCAGUCGUCAAGAUGUUGCCGAUGAACACUACAACCCCCAGCCUCCUGGCAGCCUCCGACUUUCAGAUCUUUCAAAACGAAAAGUUCCUCUUUAAUUUGACACAAGAGCUGAACAUUUCGGCGGACAAUCUGUCGAGUCUGCUGCAGGGCCUCGGGCCACAGGAGCUGCUGCCUCCAAUGUCCCUGCUGGCUGCUCUGAGUGUGGGCUAUGCCUUGAUCUUCAUCGCUGGGGUGUUGGGCAAUCUCAUCACCUGCAUUGUGAUCUCUCGAAAUAACUUCAUGCACACUGCGACGAACUUUUAUUUGUUUAAUUUGGCGGUGUCCGACAUGAUCCUGCUGUGUUCAGGCAUGCCCCAGGAUCUGUAUAAUCUCUGGCAUCCUGACAGUUACCCCUUCAGCGAUACUAUCUGCGUGCUGGAGAGCGUUGUCUCGGAAACGGCAGCCAAUGCCACGGUCCUCACCAUCACCGCGUUUACCGUGGAGCGCUACAUUGCCAUUUGUCAUCCGUUCAGGCAACACACAAUGUCCAAGCUGUCGCGCGCCAUAAAGUUCAUAUUUGCCAUCUGGAUUGCAGCGCUGCUGCUGGCCCUGCCACAAGCCAUCCAAUUCUCGGUGGUGCUGCAGGGCGUGGGCUCCUCGUGCACGAUGAAAAACGACUUCUUUGCCCAUGUGUUUGCCGUGUCGGGCUUCCUCUUCUUUGGCGGUCCCAUGACAGCCAUCUGUGUGCUGUAUGUCCUCAUCGGGGUGAAGCUCAAGCGGAGCCGUCUGCUGCAGGCACUGCCACGGCGCUGCUUCGACGUUAACCGCGGCAUAAGCGCCCAGACGCGCGUCAUCCGUAUGCUGGUGGCGGUUGCGGUGGCGUUCUUCAUCUGCUGGGCUCCCUUUCAUGCACAGCGAUUGAUGGCGGUUUAUGGCUCCUCCUCGGGCAUUGAGUCGCAGUGGUUCAACGAUGUAUUCAGCGUCCUCGACUAUACAUCCGGUGUGCUCUACUUCCUCUCCACCUGCAUCAAUCCGCUGCUGUACAACAUCAUGAGCCACAAGUUCCGUGAGGCCUUUAAGGUAACCUUGGCUCGUCACUUUGGACUCUCGGGCAAGAACCCCAACCGUGGACUGCCGCACACCUACAGCGCGCUGCGACGCAAUCAAACGGGUUCUCUGCGGCUGCACACAACGGACAGCGUUCGCACAACCAUGACAUCCACAACGACAACCACGACAACCGUGCUAAAUGGCAGCGGCAACAACAAUGGUGGGGCAGCGGCCGUGGCUGCCAAUUUGGCUCGCUCCUCGCUGCGCCUGAAUCGCGUCUCACUGGACAGCGCACAGAGUCAGAGUCAGAGUCAAAACCGCAGCAGGCAGGAUCUGUUUGAACAGCAAUCUCAUCCCCCUCCACGUCGCAUUCUGCAAUCGCAAAUAUCGCAGUUGUCAUCAGUGGGCGAUGCGCACUCGCUGCUGGAGGCGGACAUACAAUGGCCAGAGGAACAACACUCAACGCUGCAGCAGCAGCUGAAACUGCAACCCCCCAUGUGCUCCAUUGAUGAGCUGAGCUGUCAGUCGUCGGGGCCAGACGAUGUGGGGGGAGUCUCCCGCUCACGCCUCAAACUGACGCGCAUUACGCGGGGCGGGCCUGGGGCUGGGGCUGGGGGCGUGGCUGUGGGCGUUGCGGCACACGAGGCAAAUGGCAAAGUGCGAAAGGCAAAGGCGAAAGCGCUGAAGAGCUCCAGUGCCCUCAAGACUCUCAGGGCCAAAUUCAAUUGGCGUGCCAGACGCAAAGGCAGCCACAAGCCACGCGCCAGGACGGGCGCCAGCGAGGUCCCAAGUGAGAGAGCCGCUUACUAAGAGCAGCCGCUUAAAGUAGAUUCCUGAGACCGCUCGUGAGUGGCACACAACUGUGAUAAGAGCAGCAAGUACUCUUCAGCUUGCUAUGAGAGUGGCUAGAAAAAUAUUCCAAGUUCGGUCAAUUAGUUGCCCAUAGUCAUAAUUUACGCAAAUAGUAGAAACAUAAAUGUACAUUCAUAGAACAGCGAUCGGCAGCGUCACAUGCUUUGUGCAUUGAAAAAGCUCUAGUGCAGCGCAGUCGGCACACGCGCAGCGUAGAAAGUUCGUGUGGCCUCGGCUUCUGCACAGCGCAAAAGCUUCGUGUGGCUUCGGCCGCCGCAGUGACAGAGAAACAACAACAAGCUGAUCUGCUGCUGCAGCGGCAGCGAAGCAAGAAACGUUUUUGGCUUCUGUGCAUGUCCGUGCAUGCACACAAUCAUAUGAGUGGCUGCGUGCCGAUCGCUGCUAUAGAUAGUCAGACCACUGCAAGU